AUGGACGCGCUACUGCUGUGGUUGCUGCUGUCCCAGGCCUGUCUCCUGGGGCUGAGCGAGCUUGGACCGGGCCCCACCACCCCGGGGAACAUAUCUCCACUUGUCACAAGAUUGCAGAACGGAGAUUCGCCACGUUCAGGGAAGUGGACCAUGCUCUCCGCUCAGGUGCGCGUUGGUCUGUCCAUGGCAGCACCCUGCGGAAUCCGGAAUGUCUCCACGCGCAUAGUGGGCGGCAAGACCUCGAAGCUCGGGGCAUGGCCCUGGCAGGGCAGCCUACGCCUGCAUAGAAGGCACACCUGCGGAGCCAGCCUGCUGAACCAUCGCUGGGUGCUGACGGCUUCACACUGCUUCAAACAGGAUUCCAGGGAUCCACGGCACUGGAAUGUCCAGUUUGGCGAGCAGACUUCCCGGCCAUCUCUCACGAGUCUGCAGGCUUAUUUCAACCGCUACCAGGUAGAAAGGAUCGUGCUAAAGUCAGGUGUCAGUGGGUCCUCCCAUGACAUCGCCCUGCUGAAGCUGUCCUCGCCUGUCACCUUCAAAAAGAACAUCCAGCCCAUCUGUGUGGUGAACUCCACCCUGAAGUUCCAGCACCGCACUGACUGCUGGGUAACUGGCUGGGGAAAGACGAAGGAGCAUAAAGAGCUAGGGUACCCCUACUACCUCCAGGAGGUACAGAUUGCCAUCAUCGAUAGCAGGAGGUGCGACCUCAUGUUUUCCCUGCCUAGUUUCCGCGCUUUGAUCAAAGGAGGCAUGCUUUGUGCAGGUGCCCAGGAAGGCGGCAAAGAUGCUUGCAGUGGUGACUCUGGCGGCCCCUUGGUCUGUGAGGAUAGCAACGUGUGGUACCAGAUCGGAAUUGUGAGCUGGGGCGUGGGCUGCGGACAACCAAAUCGACCAGGCGUCUACACCAACGUCAGUAUGUACUUCCAAUGGAUGCAGAGGACCAUGGACCAUGGUCAGUCCAGGACAGACCCCUCUGCUCUGCUGUUGCUGGUGGCUCUGCUCUGGGCACCUCUGUGA